UGUGUUUUCGUUUUAAUAUUCUCCUGUCAGACUAUUGUUCGUACUUGGUCACGUUAUUUAUCAAUUGUAACUUAUUUAUUUUUAUUUAACUGGUAUUUAUUCAUUUUACAAGUAAACUAGUAAUUAUCCAUUGCGGGUAGAUUACUUUUAAAGCUUGUACACAUUUUUAUACGUCUCUCUAGUGUUCAUUAUUGAUUUAAUGCGUAGCUGGCUAAAUGAACCUCUCUAAUUCUGAUUUGAACGAAUGCUUAUAUUUCAUAAAUUUUAAUCAAGACAGCACUAUAAAGUGUUCUAUGGUUUUCAAAUAUGGAUUAAAAUUUGCAUUUCAUUAUUUGUCAGUGAAUAUUUCAACUUAUCAGUGCUUAAAAACAUUUUUAGUAAACUUGGUGUAUCAUUAAUUAAGUGCAGUUAACUGAAGUUUUUCACUUGAGUUUUAACCAGAAAUUAAUUAAUAUGAAAAUUUAAUUUAAAUUUAAGGUUGUCCUUCUUUUGUACUGUUUUUAUCAGUAGUUGAUUACGUAUAUUAAAUAAUAUAUUUUUUAAAGUGCUUUUGGUUAUCCAACAUCAGUUAAAUACAUUUUUGUUCCUUCAACGUUCCUAAGAAUAUUGCAGUUAAUAUGGAGGUUGAGAUGGAUACGUAUUUAUUAGCUUCUUCGUUAAGCUAUCAUGGUUCAAAACUACAAGAGAUGAUGGAAAAUCAUACUAAUAGUGCAGAUCUAUUUACAGCACAAACUAAUUUAAAUUAUUCAGCUUAUUCCAAUGGUCAUAAUUCUGCUAAUGAUCUAGAAGAAGAAAAACAGUUCAAACUUGGCAAGUUUGUUGCAAAUCAUUCAAAAGCUUUUUUUAGUGUUGAUUUGUUUUCAUCUAAUAAACAAAAACAUGAAAUACUCGAAAAAGAUUCUAUUGUGCAUAUGCCACCAUAUGAAACAUUUGGGCAUAUUAAUAAAGAACUAAAAUUAAAACAUUUUCUGAAUGAACUUUUAGAAGGUGAUUUAGUUAUAACAUCAGUUGCAUCUAAAACUACUUCUGGUCUGUUGCUAAAAAUUUUGUGUACAUACUCUGAACCUAUUCGCAUAGUGUCAGACAUUAAUGCUCGUGGGUUUUGUACAUCAUCAGUACAAAGUUUUAGUGUUGGGGACAAUAUUUGUUGUGAAGUAUUAGAAGUUGUACCUGAAACAUGUAAAUUAAUUUGUGGUACUAAAGGUAUUAAAUGUUCAAAAAAAUAUAAAAAUAUUCUUGGCUUAUUUAAUAUGGAAAAUUGUCCACAAUCAUUUAAAUUGUUCCAUGCUGGUAAAAAUAAUGAGUCAUAUGAUUCCAUGUUGAAGACUUCAUUAGGAUUUAAGAAUCCUUCUAAUAUUGUUAAUUUAGAACAAACCACUGGUUUAACUUGUGAGAGACAUUCGAUUAUACCUGAGCUAUGUGGAAGUUUUUCUGAAAAAGAAACUGCAUUAGAAUUAAGGAAAACACAAUCUGCACAGUGGGCCAUUCAAAGUGUUUCUGAUGGCAUAAAGUAUUUUAAAUCUGGACAACAUUCUGAAGCUUUUCUUUGUUUAAAUAAAGCAUUAUCAAUUGAUUCAUUAAAUGUUGAAGCUUAUGUGGCUCGAGGUGCAUUAUAUGCUAAUGUUAGUCGUUUUCCUAAAGCAGUUGAAGAUUUAAAAUGUGCCAUUAAACUAGACCCAAAACAUGUUAAUGGUCGCAAAUAUCUUAGUGAGACAUUAAUGGGAUAUGCUAGGACAUUAGAAUCCCAAAAUAAGCUUGAAGAAGCAUUACAGCUUUAUGAAGAAUGUUUACAAAUGAUGCCUGAUCAUGAUGAAGCUAAGACUUCAAUUGAUUACUUAAAAUCCAUUUUAAUGAUUGGUGGUAAAACAGUAUCAUCAAAUAUGAUUAAUUCUUUGAAAAAGGUUGAUUGUGGUGAUUUCAGUAAGUCUGGAAGUAGUAGUAGCAGUUCUAAUGAAAGUAGUAGUGGUUCAAGUGAGAGUUCAAGCUCUGAAAGUUCUUCAGAAGAUGAAAGUAGCUCAUCUGAAAGUGAUUCAAAUCAUUCUUCUUCGUCUUCUAGCUCAAGUGGUGCUUCUUCAGGAAAUGAAUCUCCAAAAGUAGAAAAAGAGAGAUCUUUAUCACCUUUUAGUAAACGUUUGGCUAUGGAUAGUAGUAAUACUAAUGGUGGUGGAUUACCUUGUAAUCCUGCAUUUAUUUCACCAGAAAUUUCUCAACAACCACCAGUAUCAAAGGAAAAAGAGAAUGACAUUGAAGGUAGAAUUCAGAAACUUUUACUUUUAAGUCAAGCUAACAAAAGUAAAAAAGGAAAAAAAAUUGGAUUAGAUUUGAAAAAGUUAUUGCAAGAAGCUUAUGAAAUUAAAAACGAAGAAAAAAAAAAUGAAAAAAUUAAGGUGAAAAAAAUUAAAGAUAAAAAAAAAUCCCAUAAACAUAAGAAAAAAGAUUCUAAAAGUAAACACAAAAAUGAUAAAGAAAAAGAACAUAAGAAAAAUAAGUCAAAAAAAAAUAAAUAUGUUGAUCCAGUAUCUGAAAAUGAACAGCAUAAUAUAAUUCAAAAAUCUGACCUCCCUGAUCCGGAAAGUGUUAAGUCUAAUUUAUCUAAUAUUAAAGAAAAUAUUUUUUUCAAAAAAUAUGUGAAACAAGACAAACCUGAAGAACUGCAUGUACUCGAUAAAAAAGAUGAGCAACAAUAUGAUAUUUUUGAAGGCCAGAAUAAUGAAAACUUGCCUAGUAAUUUAAAAUAUAUUGAAGAUCCUUCAUUGAUUCCUACACCUAAAUUUUCAAUGCAGCUCAGUAAUACAACUACUAGUUUUACAAAACCAAAGAAAAAAGAAACAACUGAUGAUGCGCCACCAUCUUAUUUAUGGGACAAUAAUCGAUUUUCUAAUACUAAUGAGUCCACCAAGUCUCAGAAUAUUCCAGAACCUAUAAUUACAGAAUUAAAGUAUCCAACUAGUGUAUAUGAUCCAAGUAAAGCAUUAUAUUCUAUACCUCAACCUAUAAUGCCUGAUAGAGCUGUGGACUCAACAACAAAGUCAUAUAUUAGUCCAAACAAAAGAGAUAGAUCUCGUAGUAGAUCAGCAACCAAAAGACAUCUGAGUAAAUCAAGAAGUAGAAGUUCAGGAGCUCAUUCAAAUCAAUCACCAUUUAAAAAGAAACCUAGAGAUGUAUCAAGAUCUAAGACCAGAAGUCGCUCAGGUUCAUAUCCACGUCAUAGGCGUUAUUCAUCUUCUCGAUCAAAUCGAAGUCGUUCAUCAUCCAGAUCAUAUUCACGUUCUCGAUCACGUUCCCGAUCCAACUAUCAUCGAAAUCGUCAACCAUAUUAUAAUAAUCGUAAUAGAGGUACUUAUUAUAAACCGCGUUUUCAAAAUCAAAAUCAUCAUAAUCGUGGUUUUCAACACCGUGGUUUUCAGCAUAGAGGUGGUUAUAUGAAUCGUCAAAAUUAUAAUAAUAAUUACAAUAACUGGAAUAACAGAGGACAAAGAGGAGGUGGACGUCAAAGAUUUUUCCACUACAAGCCUAGACAAUAUGACAGAAACAGGUACCACGAAAGACGUAGUUAUUCCGGUUCUCCUAUUCGGCGUAGCCGAAGCCGUAGUAAAAGUCGUAGUAAAUCCAGAGCUUCAUCUAAAGAAUAUAACCGAAAACGUUAUUCUAAUAGCGUUGAAGACUUAAACAUAAGUAAUAGUAAACCAAAAACUCCACCAGAACCAGACACAAGUAAAUGGCAGAAUGAUAAUUCUAAUAUUGAUAAUAAUGGAAACUCUCAUGAUCAUGAAGAAGGUUCUAUUGAAUAAUAAAAAUGUUUUUAUAUUUUGUUUGACACUUACGUAUUUACACUUAGUUGUCCUAGUUUUUGAUGAGUAUUUUUUUGAUUAAAAUUGUUCAACUUUUGAAAAAAUAAUUCAGAUUAUAAUCAAUAAUUAAAUAUUAAAUAUUCUGUAAUUAAAAUAUGAUUUUUAGUAUAAAAA